AUGUCUUUGGUUGAUGCAACAAAAGCAAACCUAGAUGAGCACUUGCCCAGUGUGAAAUUAGAAAGCAGUAGGAAGUCCACUGAAUGUGAGAGGAGCCUAGGCCUGGAUGAUGUGCCCAGGAACAGUAGCAGUGCUGAGAAGAGUGUGGAUUUUAGUCAGUGCUCCUGCAGAAGUUCAAAUUCUCAAUACGAUUACUCAGAAGACUUUCUCUCAGAAUAUUCAGAAACAGCUGAUAAUAGAAAUUAUAUAGAGCAGCCUGUGGUAAAGGAAAAGAAAGAGGAGACGAAAAAGUAUGUAUCUAGAUUUGCCCAGCCUAAAGGCCUUAAGGAAAUCUCAGUUGAAAAAAAGCACAAAUGGAAUGCAUCAUAUUUAAAUUCUCAAAUCAAAGCAGUUACCCAAAGGAGAGAUACUAUGGCUCAUCGCAUAAUGUCCGCAAGACUUUAUAAGAUUAAAGAACUGAAAAAUGAUUUAGCUGAUAUACAUCGUAAAUUGGAAGCCACCAUGAUAGAAAACCAGUUUUUGAAACAACUUCAGUUUAGGCAUUUAAAAGCAAUAGGAAAAUAUGAGAACUCGCAAAACAAUCUUCCUCAAAUUAUGAUUAAACAUCAGAAUGAAGUAAAAAGUCUAAGGCAGCUACUUAGGAAAUCCCAGGAAAAGGAAAGAACUGUGUCUAGAAAACUUAGGGAAGCUGAGAGUGAACUAUUGAGGACUAAGGAUGCCUUACAGACACUGCAGAAACUUUCAGAAGACACAAAUCUUGCAGAAAGGGAAGAACUUACUCAAAAACUGUCUAUUCUCACAACAAAACUGGAGGCAAAUGACAAAAGAAUACAGAGCUUGGAAAAACAAUUGAAGUUGAACAAGAAAUCCUUUAAUCGGCAGUUGGCUGCUGAGAACAAGAAGACUUUAGCAGCACAAACAGCUACAAAGGCUUUGCAAACGGAAGUAAAGCACCUUUCUCAGAAACUUAAGGAAAAAGAGCGAGAGCUUGAAAUUAAAAACAUCUAUACCAAUCGAAUACUUAAAAAUUUACAUGAAAUAGAUGAGUAUCCAAAAGUUUCUUCAACAAAAUCGGUACAAGCAGACAGGAAAAACUUUCCAUUUACAAGUAUGAGACACCAGGAAACACAAAAAUCAGAUGUUCCACCUUUGGCAACUAAGAGUAAAAAGACAACCGGAAGCACUGUUCCUAAAGAAAAAUCAACAGAAAUAAUAAACCGUGAAAUUCCUCACUAUGUUAGCAUACCAAAGCAAGUUCCUAACAGAAAGUUUGAAGAUCUAUCAAAGGAGGAGGUAUAUAUAGAAGUGCAAGCACCUGUGGAGAUUAUUGACAAAAUACAAAGAGAGAAAAAGGAUUAUCAAGAAAAGAAACUUACUUUAAGUGUACAAGAAAAAGAGCUGCCAUCCACAGGAAUUCCAGUCAUUCAUCCUGAAGUGGAACAAGACGAGGAAGAGGAUUUAACAAAAGCAAAAUCUAAAAGAGAUACACAGAUAAAUGACAAGGAUAAAAUACUCAAUAAGUAUGCUAUACCAAAUACCAAAGUACAUUUUCGACAAAGAAAGCAUUAUUCAUUCACAGAAACUGUUGAAAAUUUACAUCAAGGACUUCCCACUUCAGGUGGACCAGCCAAUUCAAGCAUCACAAGAGGCAAUCAUAACAUAUCCAGACAGCACAACAAUACAGAACUGAAACUAGAACAGUCAGCUAGCGGUUAUGUGCCGUCCUUUGGUAAGUCUUCUAAAACAAAAGUAAAAAAUACAACUUUCCAAGAUAAGAAAAACAAUCUAAUGGAAGAACUCUUUGGAUCAGGCUAUGCCUUAAAAGAUGACCAAACAAGUUCUGUUGUUACUGAAGGGUCUGACGAGACUUUAAAAAAUGAAAAGAUAAGCCAUCUACCUCCUAAUCAGACCUCUGCCGGCAAUGCUUUUGGAGAUUCUAACAUAACUGUGAUAAAUUCUAUUAAGUCAUCCUCACCUACAGAGGGAAAAAGAAAAAUAAUUAUUUAA